UCUGAGCAUCGUUUUUGUUUUAGACAAUAUAUUACAUAUAUUUUAGGACAAAAAGUGUUUUACAGCAUAAGUUAAUAAUGCUUCAGUACUUUAUUGAUCCAUUGGCAUACAAACUAGUAGAAUACGGGUAUUUGGCAAUAUUUAAAAGAAGUAACGUUACUAGUGCUGAAGAGCUUGAUCUGUUUAAGGCUGCUAUUUCUAAAGUAAUAAAUGUGAAGAAUGCAAAUGUCAAGGUAAAGGGGAUGCAUAAACUGAAGGCUGGUCACGGUGGCACCUUGGACAAAAUGGCUACGGGCGUUUUGGAACAUGUGACAAAAGCAAUGAUUGAAGAUAAGCUCAAAAGAUUUAUUGGAGAGAUUUUUCAAAAACCUCCUAUAUAUUCUGCUUUAAAACGAGGAGGAAGAAGAGUAUCUGAUAUUGCUCGAGCUAAAGAAUCUGACCAAUACGGAUUUCAUGAAGAUAAACCCAUAGAAAUGGAGUUCAGGCCUGUGACAUGUUAUGAUGUAAAAUGUGUAGACUUCAAACCACCAUAUUUCAGUCUUGAAGUUACAUGUGGCAAAGGAUUUUAUGUGCGCAGUCUCAUCAACGAUUUAACUAAAGAUCUAGGCAGCUGUGGCCAUGUGACAAGUCUGCUGAGGACCAAGCAUGGACAGUUUACACUGGACGACUGUCUACAUGCUGCAGACUACAGCAUGGCCAAGGUGGUGGACGCUGUCAAACAUAACCGCAGAAAGUUCCCAAUGUACAGUAAAAAUCUUUAGAGCGACUGCAAAGUCUAUACGUCUAUUUCAAUAAUUAGUCUACUGUUGCAUAUGUGUAGUAAACUAUUUACAUACAUGAUACUGAAUCGUUUUUUUUUCAACUCUAACGCCUAAUUAUGUACCUACUGUAAUAGAUCUAGCUUUGUUAAACUAAUAAUGAACUACUUUAUUUUAUGUUCUCAUCAUUGACAAUACAAGUUUACAAUAAUGUAAAAUAUCCAUGACAAUAAAGGAUGUGAUUUGAUUUUACUUUAAUUUCAGAUUGCAAGUCUUAGAUGUUAUUUCUGCGAUGUUAAUAGUUAUGUGUUCACACAUCUUUGCUUGAAUUAAACAUAAUCCGGUCUGUCAGAUAUUAAUAUACUGUAUGUAUACCUCAUCUUGUUUACACAAGUUACACACUGUGGGGAUUGGUCGGUUAUGAAACAUAAUGUAUCUUCAACAUGGUUUUUCAUUAACUAUGUUUGUGUCUCAUGCUGGCAUUUACCCACUGUAUUUACAAAACAUAUUAAAGGAUUGACUAACAGCUUGAUUUCUGAUAAAUAUUUACCGUU